AUGCUAGUCUUACAAAAAGAUCCAGAUCAAGUGGGCAAGAAACUCUGGAGUUUACCCAAGAAGCUGACUUCUGUAAGUGAGUUAGGCUAUCGGGCACGAGUUCGAGACAUCGGUUCCGGAAAAGUUCAAGAGCGACAUUGGAGUCGAUUAAGACCCAUUGAUCCUCCUAAGAAUCCAGAACAAUUCAACUCUUGGUUGAAUGAAUUUGGUCAGGAAGGAAUUGAACUAGGAGACAAAGAUCUUUUAGAAGAAUUAGGAGCUGAGACCCAAAUCCCACAAGUUUCUCCUUCUUUAGAAGACUCACCCCGGUUUGUUCCGUUGGCGCGAGCGCGGGAGGCUAUGGAGCGAAUCACGUAA